AUGUCGCCAUAUUUAAAUUUGUAUUUUUUUUUUGUCAUUUUUAGCGGACUUAGUUUGUCUCCGAGUCAAGGUCGGGGUGUCACUCCAGUUUAUCUAAGAUGUGUUCAGGGUCACAUAACGUGGACGUAUCCGAGAGGAGCUCUCAGGGUGUUAUUAAGACUGCCAAACAGCGAAAGAGAAUUUCGCGGUUGCAUAAAAGUCACGCCUGAUUUUUCCGGCGCGAGACUUUUCGUAGAAGGUAAAAGAUCACUGUCGCCAUUGUUUUCACUCGACGAUGGAGCACAUAAACAAAUGAUACGGUGUUUUCAAAGUAAAAAAGGACAAGCUGCAAUUUACGUUGAAGCCGUUAACGAAUCCGGAGAAUUUAAAAAAGAAAUCGCGGGUUUCAGUUACGAUCUUCAUCCCGUGGCCAAAGGGUCAUCAGUUUAUGAUCUCAUUAACGAUGGAUGCCGUCCGUGCACUCAUCAAGAAAUGGCUCACGCCUUUUGCACAAACGAUUUAGUUGUUAGAGGAUUGAUAUAUGGAAUAGACGUGAGACCGGAACUAGAAAUAGCGGAAAUAAAUGUUAAAAUAACAAAAGUUCUCAGGCAUUCGACUGAUGAUUUGUACAGCACUAAUAAUUUAAUACCUACGUCUUACGUAGAUUUGAAAAAAAUAAAAUCGCAGGAAAAAAAUGUCAAUUCUAGUGAUAAUAAUGAUAAUGAUAAUAAAACGAGUCAUAAUAAAUUAAGAGAAAAGGAAAUAGUUAAACUAGUCAUGCCUAGACAUUGUUCACCUCAUCACGGUCCUGGUGAAUUUGUUUUCACGGGUAGGAAAAAACUUGGAGAUUUAACGAUGGUAUGCGUAUCAACGUUAUCCGAAUGGGCGGUUAUUGUAAGAACUUUGAACUCGGACGGUACCUCUCAUUGUGUGCUAAAAAGUUAA